CAGAUAGGUCUUGAUGUUUUGAUUAUUUGAAAGCGUGUUACUGAGCUAUAGCUGAUCAAAUAUCGCCUAACAAAGCGUGUUUUGCAUUUGCAUAGUUUGAUCGAAGCUCUGUUUGCGAGUUGGUAUCUCCACUUUUUGAUCUAACAAUCUCUGUUAAACAAUUGCUCGAAAUUUUAGUGUGGCUCAGAAUUUCAAGGCUUCAUUUCAAGACAUUUAGGCUAUUCUUUGGAAGCAAGUUGCAUUGUUAGUCUUUUGUUUUACCUAUUGGGUAUAUUGCUUAUCACAUUUUUUUUGUCCUCUGUGACUUGGUGAAAUUCGCAAAACUUAAUCUUUUGCAAAGCAAAUUUGGCCUUUAGUCCUUGUUUAGGACACGAUUAUGUUCUUGUAAAGAAGAUCAGAAGUCGGGACUGUGAAUUUGACCGAUAAUCAAAGAACCAAAUAACUUUUUAUCUAAAAAAAGAGCAAUUGAUAACCGGAGGAUCUUUUUUAAUCUAAGUUUUCUCAACCUUUCUGAAUUAUGACGAGGUAUGAGAACUCCUACUUGGCCGUUUUGUGCGUUCCACUACUUCUAAAGUCAAAACUCUUGUAUCGGUAGAAGCAAACAAAAGGCAAAAAGUCAACCUUCUUGACGUGCAAAGCGUUUCUCAAGUUUCCAAUUUAAUGUCCAGAAAUGUAUCCACUUAAGAUUUGCAACUUACCUUUCUAAAUAUACAAAGGAUUAUAAGCUCUUGUUACUUUUUAGCAUUUCUCAUGGCAGUUUCUUCAUCGUUCUCAUUGCAGCCUUGCCAUUGGAGACACCAUGUGUUCCCAAGCUUCAGCGGCGAAGACGUCCGUAGAACCUUUCUCAGUCACCUUCUGAAGAAAUUCCAGCUAAAGGGAAUUCGCACUUUCAUGGAUAAUGAUAUCGAGAGAGGCCAAAUGAUCGGUCCAGAGCUCAUACAAGCAAUCCGAGAAUCUAGGUUUGCGGUUGUAGUAUUGUCGAAGACAUAUGCAUCUUCAAAGUGGUGUUUGGAUGAGUUGGUGGAAAUAAAGGAAGCUAGCAAGAAGGUCAUUCCAAUUUUCUACAAUGUGGAGCCAUCUGACGUGAAGAAUAUAGGGGGAGAAUUUGGAAAUGAGUUUGAGAAAGCAUGUAAAGAAAAACCAGAGAAAUUGGAUAGAUGGAGAGAAGCCUUGGUCUAUGUGGCUGAUAUAGCCGGCGAGUGUUCUCAAAACUGGGUCAGUGAAGCAGAUAUGAUUGAAAAUAUUGCUAUGAGCAUUUCAGAGAAAUUGAAUUCUACACCAUCACGAGAUUCCGAAAAUCUGGUUGGAAUCGACGCUCAUAUGAGAGAGAUGGAUUCUCUGUUAUUUUUGGAAUCAACUGAAGUAAAGAUGGUGGGGAUUUGGGGUCCUGCAGGUAUUGGCAAGACAACAAUUGCCAGAGCGCUAUUCAACCGGCUCUCUGAAAACUUCCAACACACUAUUUUUAUGGAGAAUGUUAAGGGAAGUUAUAGGAGAACGGAUCUCGAUGACUAUGGCAUGAAGUUGCGUUUGCAAGAACAGUUUCUGUCUGAAGUUAUAGAUCAUAAGCAUAUGAAGGUACAUGAUUUAGGUUUGGUAAAAGAAAGAUUGCAGGAUCUAAAAGUUCUUGUUGUUCUUGAUGAUGUUGAUAAACUAGAGCAACUUGAUGCUUUGGUGAAACAAUCUCAGUGGUUUGGUUCUGGAAGUAGAAUCAUCGUGACCACGGAAAACAAACAGCUUUUGAGAGCGCAUGGGAUCAAGCUCAUAUAUGAAGUUGGUUUUCCAUCUAGAGGUGAAUCUCUUCAGAUUUUCUGCCUAUCCGCAUUUGGACAAAGCUCUGCACCACAUGGUUUUAUCAAGCUCGCUACUGAAAUAACAAAGCUUGCUGGCUAUCUUCCUCUAGCGCUGACGGUUUUGGGGUCAUCUCUGCGAGGGAUGAACAAAGAUGAGCAAAAAUCAGCAUUGCCUCGACUCAGAACCAGUCUCAAUGAGGAUAUAAAGAAUGUUUUACGAGUCAGUUAUGAUAGUUUACAUGAGAGGGAUAAGUCUAUAUUCCUUCACAUUGCGUGUUUAUUUAAUGGUGAGAAUGUUGAUUAUGUGAAGCAGUUGCUUGCAAGUUCUGGCUUGGAUGUAAACUUUGGACUUGAAGUCCUGACCAAUAGAUCUCUCAUAAACAUAUCGGGAUUCAAUCGCACCAUUAUGAUGCACACUUUACUCGAACAAUUGGGUCGAGAAGUUGUUUAUGAACAAUCUAUUGUCGAGCCUAGAAAACGUCAAUUCUUGGUGGAUGCUUCAGAUAUCUGUGACGUACUUUUUCAUGACAGUGGCGCUCGAGCUGUUUCAGUUUUGGGCAUAUCUAUGGACAUAUCUAAGAUCAAUGAGUGGUAUCUGAACGAAGAAGCUUUUGCUGGGAUGUUUAACCUGAUGUUUCUCAGAUUCUAUAAGUCCCCUUCAAGUAAAGAUCAACCCGAGCUGAAUUAUUUACCUCUACGCUUGGAUUAUUUGCCCCACAAACUUAGGCUGCUGCAUUGGGAUGCAUGCCCUAUGAAAUCUAUGCCCAUGAGUUUUCGUCCAGAGUUUCUUGUUGUGCUCAAUAUAAGAGAGAGCCAGCUUGAGAAGCUGUGGGAAGGAGCACCACCUCUUAGAAGUCUGAAGUGUAUGGAUUUGAGUAUGUCUGAGAAUCUAAAAGAGAUUCCAGAUCUUUCAGAAGCUGUAAAUAUCGAAGAACUCUGUCUCAGUUAUUGCCGAAGUUUGGUGUUGUUACCUUCCUCAAUCAAGAACCUUAACAAACUGGUUGUUCUCGACAUGACGUACUGCUCAAAUCUGGAGUCUUUUCCGAGCAAUAUCAAAUUGGAAUCUCUCAGCAUCCUCAACCUCGAUAGAUGCUCACGAUUGGAAAGUUUUCCAGAAAUUUCUUCGAAUAUUGGAUAUCUCUCUCUAUCAGAAACUUCAAUAAAAAAUGUUCCCGCAACAGUCGCGUCUUGGCCAUAUCUGGAAGCAUUGGACAUGUCAGGCUGCAGGUACCUCGAUACAUUUCCAUUUCUGCCGGAAACUAUAAAAUGGUUGGAUCUGAGCAGGAAAGAGAUCAAAGAAGUCCCCUUAUGGAUCGAGGAUCUAGUUCUGCUCAAGAAACUAUUGAUGAACAGCUGCAUGGAGCUAAGAAGCAUCUCUUCUGGGAUUUGUAGACUGGAACAUAUCGAAACACUAGAUUUCUUGGGUUGCAAGAAUGUUGUGAGCUUUCCACUAGAGAUCUACGAGAGCUCCCGGUUCUGUCAUAAUCUGGUGAUGGAGAUGAGAAACAUUCAAAACCCUGAUCUUCCUCGACCAUUUUAUUUCAGGAAUAGCUAUAUCGACACUAUUCCAGAUUGUAUUACACGUCACUGCAAGCUGCCUUUUCUGAAUUCAUCCGGAUCAGUCUCCAGCAAUAUAGAGAAUGAUUUCAUCUGGUUCGGAAUAAAUAUCGGUGAAGAAUGGCAUGAUAAUGAUGAGCCAGAUGCAGUUUCAUCUUCAACCUGCUCAUUACAAUUGUAGGUGACAUCAUUUGACUUAUGUUGAAUAAAGUACAUUGUAAGAAUUAAUAAAGAGGGUAAGGAGCAAUUUGUAAUAAGUAGGAAAUUGAAGGUGUCAACAUCGUUGAAUUUCUUGCAUCUAUUUCUCUCCUUGUAAGUCAACUGACUUUAUUCUUAUCUAGUUACUCGUAUUUGACUCUUUUCUGUGGUUGU